ACUAUAAAAUGGAAUGGAGGGAGUACUGGAUUAGGAGUUUCCUUCUCGGCAAGCGUGUAGUUUAAAUGUUUGAUUGCUCGCUUUGAUUGUUUGAGCAAAUCUCUCCCCUUCUCAUCACUCAUCACUCCUUCCUGGUUUCUGUGACAUAGUUGGGAAAUGCAUGGACGACCAAGAAAACCCUCAAAUCCUGAAGAUGAAGCAGCUUCUGCUGCUAAAGCCUCCAAAUUACGCAAUCUUCAAUCACAAUUCAUCCAUUUUCAUCACAACAAACUCUACGACAAAGAAGCAGUGGAAGUCUGCACAAAACUGCUUGAGAUAAACCCAGAAUAUUACACUGCCUGGAAUUAUCGCAAACUCGCUGUUGACCAUUUUCUGAGUCAACCCGGCUGCGAUCCCGACACUAUUUUGAAUGAGGAGCUUCGCGUUGUAGAGAGUGCACUGAGACAAAAUUUCAAGUCAUAUGGUGCGUGGCAUCAUCGCAAAUGGGUGAUUAGCAAGGGCCAUUCAUCUGUAGACCAGGAAUUACGUCUAUUAGAUAAGUUUCAGAAGGCUGAUUCACGGAAUUUUCACGCAUGGAACUAUAGACGAUUCGUGGCUGCACUGAAGAGUAUUGCAGAAGAGGAUGAAUUGAAGUAUACCGCCGAUAUGAUUGCAAGAAAUUUCAGCAAUUAUUCAGCUUGGCAUAACCGCAGUGUGCUUCUGUCAAACUUACUAAAACAAAAGGCUGAGGGAUUCGUUUCAAAAGAGAAGAUUUUAACCGACGAGUAUGACUUUGUGCACCAAGCACUUUUCACUGAUCCUGAUGACCAAAGUGGUUGGUUCUAUCAUCUUUGGCUUAUGGAGCAAACAGUCACAAGAGAUUCUCCUUGGUUGGUUUCCUCUUGGCCUGCUUCUGAUUCCGAGCACCUUAUAUAUGCAAACAAGUUAACGUCUGGCUGUAUGGUCUCGCCAUUUGCAAGCUACUCCUUUGAUGGAGGAACAAUACCUGUGAUUCUAUAUUUUGACCAAGCUGUUAAAGGUUUAAACUCUUCUACUGUUUCCAUCAAAUCUGCACUUACAGAAAGUGUAGAUAUUAUUUGGAGGCCUCUUUCAGCUGAUAAAUAUGAGAGUGCUCAUGCUUGGGUUGCACUGCUAAAGUUUUCAGAUGUGCAGCUUGAUUAUUCCAUUCCAGUUGAAGUUAGCAUGGGACAUUCUCCACAGAUCAUCUCUCUGAGUGGGGGCUCCUUGAGCAAUGUGUUUCAGUUUAAAUUCAUGGUCCGAUUUCAGCAGUUUGAUCCAGAACAUGCGGAAGGGGAGAAUAUACAGGCAAUGUCAUGGGAAGACUCAAAUUUUCAGAGAUAUGAAAUUGACUCUGGGAAACUAAAUUUCUUAUUGUCGUUCAGUGAAUUGCAAAUUGACAAGGAUCAAGACAGUGAUACUUCUAAGUGGCAGGUGGAUAUGUUAGCCAAUGAGAUUGAGCUCUUUCGUCUAUUGCUCUCUGAUGCAGACUGCAAAAUUGGAAAGCUUACACUUGCGAGACUGUUGACAGCCCUAGAUACAAUUAUGUCACACAGCAGCUCUUUAAAUUCUUACAAGAUGGUGCAUACUGAAGAAAUUUUGGCUUUAUAUAGUGAUUUGAUGAAAAUGGACCCACCUCACUCGGAAUACUAUAAAGAAGAACACAGUUUGGCUGUACUACGGCAGAUUACUUGUUGCAAGGACAGCUUGUUGAGAUAUUGCUGGCGCUAUGGGGAACUAACCAAAUCAAAUGACCAACGCUUUAUUUGCUUGCGUUUCAAUAACUUGUCACUAACAAGAAUUGGGUCCAUCGAGAGAUUAUUGUGGCUUCAAAUGCUAGAUCUCAGCCACAACGAACUUGGAUCAAUUGAAGGAUUGGAGGCCAUGCAGCUUCUUUCUUGUUUGAACCUGAGUAACAACAAGAUCAAGAGUUUUACUGCUUUGAAUCCGUUAAGGCAUUUGAAGUUUCUUAAAGUGCUAAACAUCUCAAACAAUGAGAUUGGGAAGCAUUCAAUUGACAGCACCAGGUACUUGUGCUCCUCUCCUUUGUCUCACACUGUAGAAAAAGAUUGGAAGUCGGACAUAUCAUUGGGGGAUAGCAACCAACUGACAAAAUAUUGGGAGGCUUUUCUAAUCUUUAGAGAAUUAACAUUGACUCAGCUUGAGGUAACAGGGAACCCCGUUGUUGAUGAUGAUUUUAGAUCGUUCUUGCAUAAAAUUUUGCCAACAUUGAAGUGGCUUGAUGGUAAAGGUUCAUAGAUAAGCUCACUUGAUUACUGGUAUUAUUGAAAGCAUAUGAUGUACAACAAUUUCUUUAUUUUUAUUUUUUUUCAUAUAGCAGUUUCAUAUGAUUCUAGUAUCAAGGUAAAGAAAUUAUAAAUAGUUCUUACGGUUUAAUCUUUUGUCAUAAAACAUUGUUCCAUGCUUAUGCGUUUUGGACAUUCUUAUGAGGCAGUACUCUUUUUUA